GCAGCAGCUGCAGCAGUCACACUCAGCUUCAUCUCUCCAGGCUGCUGACGCUUGAGCCGCUUGAGCCGCUUCACCUCGAUCACCCGCAUCUGUUUUAUUUACUCCCUCAAAACAAGAAAAGAAAACAAUCAACAAUGGAAGGACACGUUUGCAACAUCCAGGUGCUUCUGCGGGCCGCGGAGUUUCUUGAGAGAAGAGAGAGAGAGGCAGAACACGGAUAUGCUUCGCUCCUGCCUCUCAGCCCAGGUCACUCUGAUAAGAGGAGCAAACAGAAGAGUAAGAAGAUAUCUGCUGGUGGCAAUAGGUCAGUUCACAACGAGCUGGAAAAAAACAGACGAGCUCAGCUGAGGCACUGCCUGGAGCAGCUCAAGGAACAAGUGCCUCUCUCGUCCGACUCCAUGAGGAACACCACCCUCAACCUGCUGCGACGAGCUCAGCUUCACAUAAAGAAGCUGCAGGACCAGGAUGAGCGCGCCGAGCAGCUGAAGGACCGCCUGCGCUGGGAGCAGAGAGAGCUGCGGGUUCGGCUCGAGCAGCUCCAGAGAGGCAGCGAGAGGAUGAGGAACAACAGUCAUGGGUCGACUAUGUCCUCGGACAGGUCCGACUCCGACAGAGAGGAUGUGGAGGUCGACGUAGAGGGCAUCGUGUUCGACUGCGUGGACUCUGACGGACUGAGCAUGACGCACACAGAUGCAGAUCACUGUUACUCCAGCAUGGACAAAGCCUGGCUAUGACAGAGCAGUAAACUCUACAGGAACUCCCUUUAUGUCACUGAGAUGUGAGAGGAAGAGGUGGUAAACAUUCCAAAAAAAAACACACAGCAAAUGGAGGACGAGACACAGCGGAGAAAGACGUUACUGUACAGCUGAACACUUUUUUUUUUCUUUUUCUUUUUGAACAGGAGUCACUUUUGACUUUUAAAUAAUGUCAGACAACAAGCUAAACAAUAAUGUUGGGUAUGAAUGAGCUGUGUCCAUUUGCACUGAAUAGCAGUUAAAAUCACUGAGCUGGGAUGGAUGUAACAUAGCACAUGCACAUACAUAUACAUGUGUGUGUGUGUGUGUAAUUGGCAUCAACCGCUGAUGUUUGUUUUUUUUCCUCCUAAGCCAUGAGGCGUCUGUAGCCUACAAUGAUCCAAACAGUUCACUUGUCUUUAAGGACUUUUCUUAAUCCACAUAAGGGCUUCUAAUUUAUUCUCUACUACAGUAUGUCUAUACUGAAUUCUGCCUUAAAUCAGAUUUGGUCUGGUGAUCUAUACAGCUUCCCUUGAGCACUAAGUUUAUAUCUCCGCAAACAUCAUGUGUAGCAUGCACUUAAACAUUAACCUGUGCUAUGUUUUUUUUUUUUAUCAUCAAGUAAGUUCAGUCAUGUGUUUUGUUCUUUUCCUUCUGUUGCACAAACUGAUCAUAUUAUUAUUAUUAUUAUUGCACUUGUUUUCAAUCUCCAAAAAAUUGUGGGUACAUGAAAAGAAAACGGACGAGAAAUGAACUUGUCACAUUUGCACAAUUAUGUCUGGCAAUUACAUUAAACCGCCAAAUAUAAUUUCUGGUGCAUUCUUUUUUUGAGACUGCAGUGCGAGAUGAACGUAGAGGAAGGUGCAAGAACUGUGUGAAAGAGACAACGUGUGAGCAUUAUAGGAGGCUCUUGCACAGAUCUAAUGAGUUUUAUUCACUGUUAAAAAUCAACUGAUCUCUCUUAGUGUCUGUCGUCACGACUGUACACUUACGCUGCUUGUGCAUUUGUCAUUUAAAAUGUUUAUUAUGCAUGCAACACAUUCACCACUCAGGCAGGUCAUUCCUACUUGUAACGAUAAUGCAAUUAAUGCUGUAUUACAAGUAUCUAUUUUAUUCAUUGCUAUGUAUUUAAUAACUGAAGGUGCUUCACUUGUAUAUGCAAGAUGCCUUAUUAGCUUUUAAUAGUAUGUAUGCAUUCUUCUGUCUCCGCCCAGUAAUAUUAUGUAGCAUUUUGUACUGGUGUAAUCUUUUUUUUUUUUUUUUUUUACUGAAUAAAUAUUUUCUAU